GUGUGGAGGGUGGUCUUGCCUUGCCUAAGUUAAGGUAACAGCUAAGGGCCGGCGCCACAGCUCACUAGGCUAAUCCUCUGCCUGUGGCGCCAGCAUGCCGGGUUCUAUUCCUGGUCGGGGCGCCGGAUUCUGUCCCAGUUGCUCCUCUUCCAGUCCAGCUCUCUGCUGUGGCCCAGAAGUGCAGUGGAGGAUGGGCCCUGCACCCCAUGGGAGACCAGGAUAAGUACCUGGCUCCUGCCUUUGGAUCAGCGUGGUGUGCCGGCCGCAGCGGCCAGGCCAUUGUGGGGUGAAUGGAGAAGAGACCUUUCUCUCUGUCUCUCUCUUUCACUGUCCACUCUGUCAAAAAAAAAAAAAAAAAAAAAGAUAACAGCUAAGGGCAUAAUGUCUAGAGUUAUGAAGGCAUCCACCAGAACACUGGGGCAGACCAUUCAAAGGAGGCUGUCCCUUAGUACCUGCAGUGGGGGGCAAGGAAGGGGAACUUGAUUAUCAUCAUAAGCUGUACUGCACUGUUUGUACCAGGAGAUUAUAUUGCUCUGAUUUUUAAAAAUUAGAACAAGUACAAAAAGACAACCACCUUUGAAUGAGGGCCUGAAUUAGGACAGUAGCAGUGAAGAGGAGUGUGAGGACUGGGCGUAAAAGGCAUUUCUGAAGUAAACUGCAGGGCUUGCUGACUCUGGGGGAAACAGACCAAGAACAAGUCACAGGGUUCAGACCUCGAGGGAAGAUGGCUUAACGCAUGGAGGUACAGGAACUAGAUUUCAUCUUGAGAAGGAAGUAAAAGUGAAUUGAUUUAAGCACGCUGAUUUUCAGGUACGCACUGGAUAUUCCACUGGCAAUGCCAAAUAGUUAUUUAUAUCUGCGCAUCUGAAAGAGAUUAGGGCUGUAAACAUUUCCUAUAAUUCUUGAUUGGGAAAAGCACAAAGUAAACUGCCCAUAGCAAAAUCCAUCAAAACUUAUGCAUUUUCUUUUCUCUCUCCUGCUACCCAGCAGUGUCUGCUGAUAGAGUCAGGUGAUGCUCGUGGCUUCCUCAUAGACCCAGCUGUCAGCCCUGAGCUUCCGUGUCGGCAGUGGUGGUGCUGUCCGCUGGUGUGAACAACUUUUGGAAUACAGAAAUACUUGAGACUUUCUUUUGUGGGUGAAGCUAGGAGGGUGGAGCUGCUCUUCGUCCUGUCACAUUUCUGCAAGCUGGCUUGGCUUACAGAUAUAAAAGAGGAGGAAAAAACAAACAUCGUUCAGCUUCAGAAUCACAAAACUGUUAGAAAAUGUUCCCAAUGGAAACACUGAGUGGUCACGCAAGAUUUUGUUAAUAAAAAUCAACGUAGUUGAGAUGUUCUUCCCGGAGAGUCGCUGCGGGUUUCCUGCUUCAGCAGUGCUGGGACGGACCCGGCGCUCGACCCCUGCCCCAGGCGGCUGGUCAGAGCCAGCCCGCGGCCACCUUCUCACAGCGCUCGGGGACGGCCCCCAGGCCCGCCACAGCUCCAGCUCCCUGCAGCCUCCGCCUCUGCGUCUCAGUCGCCUGCCAUGACGACCGCGUCUUCCUUGCAGGUGCGCCAGAACUACCACCAGGACCCGGAGCACGCCAUCAACCGCCGGAUCCACCUGGAGCUCGACGCCUCCUGUGUCGACCUGUCCAUGAACGUGUCCAUAUUCUCCUUUCAGUCUUACUACUCUGACCGUGAUGAUGUGGCUUUGGAGAACUUUGCCAAAUACUUUCUCCACCAGUCUCAUGAGGAGAGGGAGCCCGCUGAGAAACUGAUGAAGUUGCAGAACCGGCGAGGGGGCCGAAUCUUCCUUCAGGACAUCCAGAGACCAGAGUAUGAUGACUGGGGAAGUGGGCUGAAUGCAGUCGCGUGUGCACUGCACUUGGAAAAAAGUGAGAAUCAGUCACUAUUGGAACUGCACAAACUGGCCACGGACAAAGGUGACCCCCACUUGUGUGACUUCCUGGAGACGCAUUACCCGAAUGAGCAGAUGAAGUCCAUCAAAGAAUUGGGUGACCACGUAACCAACGUGUGCAAGGUGGAGGCCCCGAAUCUGGCAUGGCGGAGUUAUCUCUUUGACAAGCACACCCUGGGACACAGUGCUAGUGAGAGCUAAAGCCUUAGGCUAACUUCCCCGGCAGUGCCCCUCGGCAGUGCGUGCAUGUUGGGGCUACUUUUACCUUUGCUAGACAUUGUACCAAAACAUCCACUUGCGUACUUUAAUUUGUACCAUUCCUUCAGAUAAUGAAAGUUGGUCCCCCCCACCCCACCCAAAAUGUACGUACUUAGGAUGAAUGGCAUGAAUCGAAUGAUUCACAACUAGUGGGAAGAUGCUCAAUCAAAAUGCGAGGGGAUUUAUUUUCUUAAAAUUUUGUUUUCAUGUGUUUUUUGGUUUUAACUAUGUAUAUUUCCUAUAUAACAAAUUAUGAAGCUCAGUAAAUUAAGCAGAGAACAUCUUCCAUCCCAUUCAAAUUACUCUAAGGAACACAUAGAUUACUUUAAC